AUGUGGUCUUCGGACUCCAUGCUUCGUGUGAUCUACCGGUUUUGUGUAUUGACGCGCAAAAAGAAAAGAAUAUGUGACGACGGGCCGUAUUCGUGGUGGAAUAGCGGCAACAGACGUCGCUGGAAGUGCGUAGUGAAUGCGCGUGUUUGGAACCUGCAAGUAAUAAGUAGAAAAGGAGUAAACAUGGAGAAGAGUCCUGAAGAAAUACAAAAGCUGGUGAAAGAACUAAAGGAUUGGAUCAUGCGACAACCUCACUUACCAAAAGAUUUAGAUGACAAGAUAAUACAGAGGUUUCUUCACAGCUGCUUCUACGACUUGGAUGCAGCAAAAAAUGCUAUGGAGUUAUUUUUCAGAAUUAGAGUUACGUCUCCAGAGAUAGUGAACUUUAGAGAUCCAGACUCACCACAGAUGCAGAAGGCGUUAAAAAUUGUAAACAUGGCACAGUACCAAAUAUCUAAAAACAGAAACAUCUGGAUUUGGCAACUGAACGAUCCAGGAUUGGAUAACUACGACUAUUUGCAAGAUGCUAGACUGUUCUUUAUGACGGUGGACGCCUGGAUUUUGAGUAAUGAACAUUAUGAAGAUGCUGACAUCGUGGUCAUGGACGUUAAAGACAUCACACUCAAGUUUAUCACAAAGUUCAAUGUAUCAAUUGCUAAGAAACUGUCGAAAUUUCAAGAGGACGCGAUGCCCAUCAGAUUGAAAGAAGUGCACAUAGUGAACGCACCACCGUUCAUAGACAAACUAUAUGGGCUAAUGAAACCUUUUUUAAAACCAAAGAUGACGGAAUUGAUCCAUUUCCACUCACCGAAGUCGCAAACACUAUACAAUUAUGUUAGCAAAGAAGACCUACCAGAAGAUUAUGGCGGAACUAGGCCAAGUAUGAAUGAACAGAUGGAGAAAGUUGUAGACACUGUGAUGAAAUACAAAAAAACCUUCUUGCACGAGAAUUUCUGGAAAUCAGAGAAGAAAGGCAAGGGCGUGGUAGAAACAACCUCUUUCAGAGCUCUGGAUAUAGACUAA